CGUCACGUCGUCUUCCUCCUCAUAACUUCUUCCCCACGGGCCAACGGCUGCGCGUCUUCCCGUUCGUCCUCCUGUCCGGUCCGAGUCCCUCUGACGACGCGACUUUCCCCACGCCGGGAUCGAGCUCCGGGGAGGGGAGCUGCGAGCUGAAACACUUUGUCAUAUCAGUCAACAGUAGAGAGGAGACCAGAUGCAGGCAUCUAGAGCUAGGCUCUUUAAGGAGUAUAAGGAGGUGCAGCGAGAAAAGUCAGCUGAUCCAGAUAUCCAGUUAAUCUGCGAUGAUUCAAACAUAUUCAAGUGGACUGCUCUUAUCAAGGGCCCUUCGGAGACACCUUUUGAAGGUGGUGUAUUUCAACUUGCAUUCUCUAUUCCUGAGCAAUACCCUCUCCUUCCUCCGCAAGUUCGCUUCUUGACCAAAAUUUUCCACCCGAAUGUGCAUUUCAAGACAGGUGAGAUUUGCCUGGAUAUCUUGAAGAAUGCGUGGAGCCCAGCAUGGACACUACAAUCCGUUUGUAGAGCCAUAAUUGCAUUGAUGGCCCAUCCUGAACCAGACAGUCCACUUAACUGUGACUCAGGCAACCUCCUGCGCUCAGGCGACAUCAGAGGCUAUCAAUCCAUGGCAAGAAUGUAUACUAGGUUGGCUGCCAUGCCAAAGAAAGGUUAACUCCAGGGUGCAAAAGGAAAUAUGCGCCAAGCGAAGGCAUGGCUGAUUCAUGUGAUUUGCUCUGUUAAGUGUAACUCUUACUGUCACCAUGUGAACAUCUGGUACUUAUUUUCUUACCUCACUCUUAUGGAUGUAUGCCCUGGAGUGAAGAGAAGAAAAACAUGCAUUGUAAUGCUUGGUCUAUAUGAUGUCAUAAAUAUAACUGGGUUCGGUACUUCUAAUGCACUGUCCAUUGUUCAAU